UUCACUUUUUAAUGCAUAUAUGGGUAGGCAGCGCACUGUCAGACUGUUUCGUGGCCGAUUAAACAAAAUUGAACAGGGCGUCCAGCGCACUUCGAGAGACCUGACUUGCUUCGACGUGGUUCAGUUAACCAGUUAACCUACAUCGCAGAACUUCGAGUUGUUUUUGUUGUUGUUGUUUCGGUGACGAUCUGUGAAGAUGCCGAAUUGUCCCAAGUGCGAGAAGCCCGUAUAUUUCGCUGAGAGAAAAACAUCUCUGGGCAAAGACUGGCAUGCUGGAUGUCUGCGUUGUGAAAAAUGCAAUAAGACUCUUACACCAGGUUCACAUGCUGAACAUGAGGGAAAGCCUUACUGCAAUCACCCUUGCUAUGCAGCUCUAUUUGGCCCAGGAGGUUUUGGACGUGGAGGUGCAGAAAGCUACGUGUACAAGAAGUAGUUUCUACUGCCAAGAGGACAAUAUAUAUUUUUAUCAUUCCAUUUUAUCACUAUUAAGUAAUUAAUAAUAAAUCGAUUUUUCCAUUA